CAUGAGAGGACGAUGAGAGAACGUUAGUGAAUAUCGCGCAUCGCAACGUACGCAACCGCGCAUCGCCUUGUAAGUUUUCUCUCAGUGCACUACGAUAUUGUUACGUUAACAGGCUUUAGUGAAUAAGGCCCCAGGACAUAAUAUACUUUAUCGUCGAUUUCGUCGGGCCACAAUUCGACUUGGUCAUGUCGCGCUGAACUUGGAACAUUAUAGACACACAAAGAAAAGAAGCGACAAGAAGAUGGCGGCCGAAGGACGAAACGUGAAACCUAUCCUCUAUUCCUUCUUCAGAAGUUCAGCUGCUUGGCGCGUCAGAAUCGCACUGGCUAUGAAGGGUAUUGACUACGAUUACAGAGAAGUCCACCUAAGGAAGGACGGGGGUCAGCAGCGAACUGAAGAAUACCGGAAGUUAAAUCCUAUGGAACAAGUACCCACUCUGAUCAUUGAUGGACACACCCUUUUUCAGUCUUUACCUAUUUGUGAAUAUUUGGAAGAAACGAGACCGGAAGUACCACUACUACCCAAGGACCCAGCCGUCAGAGCCAAGGCCAGAGCCCUGGCUGAAAUAAUCAAUUCGGGAAUACAGCCCCUUCAAAACGUGAACGUGAGAAACAAAGUCGGAGAGGAGAAGGCGCACGAAUGGGUCAAGUAUUGGAUAGAAAGAGGAUUUACAGCUCUAGAAAAAGCUCUACAAGAGACGGCUGGGAAAUACUGUAUCGGAGAUAAAGUAACACUACCCGAUCUGUUUCUAGUGCCACAGAUUUAUCAUGCCCAAAGGUAUAUGAGAGUAGAUUUGGACAUGAGUCAAUUCCCGACCAUCAAAAGAAUAGACGCUGCACUAUCGGAGAUCGACGCUUUUAAGACUGCGCACGCCAUUCGACAACCGGACACCCCACCUGACGAGCGACCAUCAUCCAAGACCUAGAUCAAAUGGUUAUAACUGUUAUCUGUCCCAAGUUCAGCGAGCAAACGUUUCACCAACGUUCACGAACUAUUUGAUUGGUUCCCGACCUGGUCAUUUGGUUUUCCAUGAAGCGAAUAAACCUGUCUAGCGGACGUUUUUCUGCUCUGUCUGGCUGAACUCAGCCCUGUUUUCACUACGUCAUAUGAAACUGACCUGUUUAUUCUGAGAAAUAAAAAUGGACAAACUU